AUGACUGAGUCGCAAGCGCUAGAUUUGCCAACAUUUCUAGGGUUGGAAGAAAGAAUAGAAGCCAAUCCGUGGCCUAGUGCUUGUCAAGCCUUCAAAACAAUCUCGAUUUCGUACGAUGACUCAGUAGGCGAGGAUGCAGAAAUAGAUAGUGCUCAUCUGUCGACGUCGUCUCUCCCGCAGUGCUAUAGUCGCUUAGUCGAGUCGAAGAACGCAAUUACGCAAGCAGAACACCAGUUGCGUUUGGCCGCUUUCGAACAUCGGGUUGAUGGGGUCAUGCUAGCCAUGGAAUACAACGAGAAGCUAAACGGUGCUUAUGAAAAAUACCAGCGAGAAUUGAAAGGCGCGGACGCCAAACACACCGACGACUACGACUGUCUUCAAUCUGACACAGUCAUCGAUGAGAUAAUACAGGAAGGCUUUCUUUCAACGCCGUUUGACGAUUAUUCAGUCGAGGAAGUGGAAUUCUUGAGAGAAAAGCUACCUGCGUCGAUUGGUUUGGGCCAAUUUUUCCUGAAACUGAUUGCGGAAUUCGGUUGGGGUGCGAUGGUAGUUCCAGGUCUCUUCAUUGAGCUGGACGACUUGAAGGAGAUUGGACAGGGGGAGCUUGAUGAGAUCAUGGAAUUGAUCCACUAUCAUUACGGCACCAAAGCCUGGAGAAAAGAGCUGCUUGAUAUAUCCCCCACGGUCUUUACAUUGAUAACGCAGGGAAUUCCCGAGGGCCAAACGCUGAAGAUCCUCACUGUGCCAGAUGGGGGUGAGACCGGACUGGCAGACUCGCCGCUGAGCGAAUGGUUUCGCUUCAUUCCAAUCACCAACGGAAGGCCAUAUAGGGCACCUGAGAGCCGAUUCUUGCCACGAGAAGAGAGCAUACUGCGACGAGUACCUUGCCCAGCCUCUACAAUCCCUGAGUUGGAAGGCCAAAAAAAUACUUCAAGUGUUUUCACAGCAAUUUGA